CGUGGGCGUGGCUAUCCGCUUUCCCGCAGCCGCAGGUCAUCAAGAUCUUCCCGGUCACCGCGAUCUCCCCGGUCACCACGGUCCCCGCGGUCCCGCAACCCUAGGCCAUGGCCCCCGCGGCCGCCAGCCCCCCGGAGGUAGUCCGCGCGGCUCAGAAGGACGACUACUACCGCGGCGGGCUGCGGAGCGCGGCGGGCGGCACCCUGCACAGCCUCGCGGGUGCGAAGAAGUGGCUGGAGUGGAGGAGAGAGAUUGAGCUGGUGUCGGAUGUCGCCUACUUUGGCCUUACUACACUGGCAGGCUACCAGACCCUCGGGGAGGAGUACGUCAGCAUCCUGCAGGUGGACCCGACCCAGGGCCGAGUGCCCUCGAGGUUGCGCCGUGGGAUACUGGUGGCGCUGCACACCGUCCUGCCCUACCUGCUGGACAAGGCCCUGCUCCACCUGGAGCACGAGCUGCAGGCCGAUGGUGAUGGCGCCUGGCCCUCACGGGGCAGCCUGGCCCCCGGUGCCCGUGGCCAGUCAGGGACAAGACGCUGGAUGCGCCGGUGCACGGCCGCCCUGACGGAGCAGCAGCAGGGGACGCUCCUGCGGGCUGUGUUGGUGUUCAGACAGGGCCUCGGGUGCCUCCAGCGUCUCCACGUCGCCUGGUUCUACAUCCAUGGCGCCUUCUACCACCUGGCCAAGAGGUUCACAGGCAUCACCUACCUCCGUGUCCGCCAUCCGCUCGCAGAGGACCCUCGGGCCCGUGCCAGCUACAGGCUGCUGGGGCUCGUGUCCCUGCUGCACCUGGCACUGGCCGCGGGCCUGCAGCUCUACGGCUUCCGGCAGAGGCAGCGCGCCCAGAGGGAGUGGAGGCCGCAGCGUGGCCUGUCCCACCGCAGGAGCUACGCAGAGAGAGCAGCGUCCAGAACCUCGCUGUGCACCCUGUGCCUGGAGGAGCGCAGGUACUCGACGGCCACACCCUGCGGUCACCUGUUUUGCUGGGGCUGCAUCACCCACUGGGCCGACACCAAGAAAAUGGAGGGCUUCCCUGGUGGCGCAGCGAUUAAGAAUCCGCCUGCCAAUGCAGGGCACAGGGGUUCAAGCCCUGGUUCGGGAAGAUCCCACAUGCCGCGAAGCAACUAAGCCUGUGCGCCACAACUACUGAGCCUGCGCGCCUAGAGCCCGUGCUCCACAACAAGAGAAGCCACUGCAAUGAGAAGCCCGCGCACUGCACCGAAGAGUAGUCCCUGCUCCCCGCAGCUAGAGAAAGCCCACACUCAGCAACAAAGACCCAACCCAAUGCAGCCAAAAAUAAUUAAUAAAAU